AUGCCAGACGAGUCUCUACGAGACUCCUUGAGACGGUUUAAGGCUGAGAAGGCUAACAUCAUAGGAUGCAACGACCAAGUUGCAUCCUCAGCUUUCAAGAAGGGCUUGCCAACCGAGCACGAGCUAUAUCAGGAGCUGGCCAUAACUCCAAGUCAAACCUUUGCAGAAGUGUUCGCGACGGCAGAGCGCUACGCACUUUGGGACGAUGAUCGUAUCGCUGCAAAGAAAGCUAGCAAGCAAGUUGACCACCCGAUGAAGCAGGCAAGCCAAAAGAGCAAUAAGUUCGAGCAAAAAGCCCGAGAUAAGCGCAGAUCGCGGCCCCAAGAGGAAAGCUCUGAAACAGGGACCUUCACUGAGUUCGCUAUCCCAAUCCACCAGAUCCUAGCUUAG